AUGAAGAGAUAAAGGACAUGUUCAGCUCUGGUUUUAUCUUAGCUUGAGGUUGGUAUAUUAGAACAAUGAUUAACUUUAGGCUGCACACACUGAGGUUAAAGAGCAUUUCCAGGGCAGAGGAUUCACUCAGUUUGACUGCUGCCUGCAGAGAGGAGGCUCAUCUGCAAACCGCAAGCAGCCACCCAGUCCCACAGUAAUGGACCCGCUUAUCGGCUCAACUCCGAGAGAAACUUUAAGGCGAGUUUCAGCCUUGCUGGGCUGCAGCCCGACCUCUGCAGAAGUGGCUGCGUACCUCGACAAACAUGACACACUGAGACAUCUCAGAGAGAAGUUCCUGGUGCCCAAAAUUGCUGAUUUGCCUCCUUCUGAUCUCUCGCUGGUCGAUGGCACCAAAGAAUGCAUCUACCUUGUGGGAAACUCGUUGGGGCUUCAGCCCAAAAUGGCGAGGAAGUACCUGGAAGAGGAACUGGAGAAGUGGGCCAAAACGGGUGUCCAUGGUCACACAGAGGGCUCUAGACCUUGGGCGUGGGCUGAAAACAACAUAGAGGAACUAAUGGCUAAUGUUGUUGGAGCUAAAACUGAGGAGGUGGCACUGAUGAAUGGCCUGACAGUUAAUUUACACCUUCUACUGCUUUCCUUCUACAAUCCCACAGCAGCUCGGCACAAAAUCCUUCUAGAGGACAAGGCGUUUCCUUCAGACCAUUACGCUGUAGAGUCUCAGAUCCGACUGCGAGGAUUCGACCCUCAGAUGAGCAUGCUGUUGCUGUCACCCAGACUGGGAGAAGAGACUCUAAGAACAGAGGACAUCCUGGAGGUGAUUGAGAAGGAGGGCGACUCCAUUGCUGUGGUGAUGUUCAGCGGAGUUCAGUAUUACACAGGCCAGCUGUUCAACAUGGCCGCCAUCACUGAGGCUGGCCAGAGGAAGGGCUGCUAUGUGGGUUUUGAUUGUGCCCACGCUGCGGGAAACGCCGAGCUGAAGCUGCACGACUGGGGAGUCGACUUCGCCUGCUGGUGCUCCUACAAGUAUAUAAAUUCAGGUGCUGGUGGUCUGGCCGGGGCAUUUAUCCAUGAGAAACAUAAAGACACCAUCAAACCUGUGCUGAUGGGAUGGUGGGGACACGACCUGAAGACUCGGUUCCAGAUGAAUAACGUUAUGGAGCUGCAGCCUGGAGUCAGCGGCUUCCGACUGUCGAACCAGCCCAUCCUUCUGGUCUGCCCCCUGCAGGCCAGUUUAGAGGUGUUUAACAUGACCAGUAUGCAGGCAUUGCGCAAGAAGUCCCUCCUGUUGACAGGUUACCUGGAGUACCUGAUCCAGCAUUAUUACACUGAGGACCCCACCCAGCCCCACAAACCUCAUGUCCGCAUCAUCACUCCCUCUGACCCUCAGCAGAGAGGCUGUCAGCUCUCUCUCUCCUUCUCUGUCCACAUCCGAAAGGUUUUCCAGGAACUGGAGAAGAGGGGCGUCGCUUGUGACAUGAGAGAGCCCAGUGUGCUGCGGAUCGCUCCGGUGCCGCUCUACAACUCCUUCAGCGACGUUCAUCGCUUCAUAGAUACACUGGGAUCAGCUCUCACUGCCAGCAGCCAAUGAAUGAAGAGUGGUUACUCUGAAAAUAUCAUCUUCAGAGUUGGAGAAGAACACAGAUGUUUCUUUUUUUAUUCACAAGGGACAAAUUAUUCUGUAUUAAAUUAUAUAUUAUUACAUGUAACUGUUUUGGAUGCAUUUCAACCACUACAUUUCAACAUGAAGCAGUAAAUGAAGUAGUAAAUGAAUUACUGGUUAAACAAUUGUUAUAUGUAAAACCUUCAAUUAAAUAUAGCCCAGUUUUCACCAAAACACCUAAAUGUCUUUUGACCUGAAAGUCAUCAGAUCUAAACUUACCAGGAAACUCUCUCAAAAACAUUUUCUCUACCCCUGUGACCCUCCUCUUCAGUCGACCGUUUGGGCGCGACACCCAGAGAGCUCGCAGCAUGGGGUUUGCAAAUGACUUGGUUUUGGGGGGGGGAUCUGAUGAAAACCCCUUCUCCUCCCCUUCCUCCCGCCUCACCCGGCCGUACAUUACACACAUGAGUUAGCCGACAGUCCUUCCCUCACCAAUUAACACUUACUUUAUUAUAACGUUGACUUCUCCCUAAUGUUCCUGCAUGUGUUUAUGCACUAUUACCUUGACGGAUGCCUAUUCCACGAUUAGACAUAAUUGGCAUAUCAAUAUGCAAAACCUAAAUGGAUUAACCUUCUUUAAAACUAAUGAGCACUUGGGUGCCCAGCUGGGGAAUGGACCAGAAUUAGCAUUUGUCAUCUUUUGGGGGUGAUGUGAGAAUAAAUAAUUGAAGAGAGGAUGGGUAUUGUCUUUCCUUGGGCUACUGUACUGUUUAAAAAGAAAAAGGGAAUAUGCAGAUUUACUGUCUUAAUGAUGACCGUAGGCUCGCUGAUUUCACGCACGCAGCGUCUGAGCACAAAAAUACAAAGAAACUGUGUGACUGCAGAGGAAAAGGGACAGUUGUGAUCAAAAAGGAACAACUAAAAGUAAUUCUGAAUUAGUUUGACGAGCAGUGUUACUUUUGAAAGAAUAUUAAGAUCAGAGUCAAGACUUCUGCUUAAAUCCUCAACGUUAUCUCAGUGUGUAAGAAAGGUAUGGUGCAGUUUUCAAGACCAAUUAAGGACGAUUCUGCACCUAAACUUUCUAAAUGAAGACAGAAGAAUUCAGAAAUAUACUUGUAUGUAAUAAUGUCUAAUUAGAGCCUGGUAUUAUCAUGUCAUGUCACGUCUGCUGUGGAAAUUAACAAAGCACCCCCCUUUCUACUGUACCCCACACAGUUUGGGUUCCCCCUUGUAUAAAUCAGAUUAUAUUCUUCCACUUCUUGUUUGAGAGUUGGCCAUUUUACCUGCAGGCAGCAAGGAUGGGAGCACAUGCUACAAACCUUUGGGGAACUGAUUGGAAAUCAAUGAAUUUGAAUGUAAAUGAAUAGGAUUUAAUGUGUUUGUGUUGUUCUUUCAUUGGCUUGUAGAUAAAAUAUGCAUACUGAACUAACCAGAAAUAAUAUUUACCUGUUAAAUUAGCAUGUUUUAAUCCCACAUGUUCCGCUAAAGCUAACAUACUUGGCCUCAGAGGUCCUGGGCCUGUUGACUGACACCAGUUUAUUGUCCUGAACUGUUUUUCAGUACAAACGUUGGCUUGUUUGUCAUUCUUACAAAUAAAUGAGAUGUCUGCUGUCAAA